AUGCGGAAAAAGUUGCAAUGCUCAUCGCCAGAAGAGGAUCAGGUGGCAUUCAUAACGCAAGCUCUUUGCGGCGGAAUGCGCACUUAUUCCGUUGUGUUCGGUGUGGUCGCUGUUGCUGCCAUAGUCACCGCCGUAUGUGUCGGUACCGUCGCCUAUUUAGUGAACGAUAUCAACAACUUCUACAGUGAUGCUAUCGAACAAAUUGCGGACUUCAAGGACAUGGCUAACUCCGUCUGGUACGAGAUGCAUCCGGAACCAUCAGAUUUUCUCAGAAGCAAACGAUUUGCUUUCUGGGAUACUGGAAGCAAGUGGCCAUCACAUUGUGCAUGUGGCCCUGAACCCACUCACUGUCCAAGUGGACCAGCAGGUCCGCCCGGAAUACCUGGAGUGCCCGGAGCACCUGGAGAGCCUGGCAUGCCUGGCUUAAAAGGAGAAGAUGGUCUCAAGAUAUUAAGGAGUAUUGUGCCUACUGGCUGCAUCCAGUGUGCUGCUGGACCACCAGGACCACAAGGUAUAGAUGGACCUCCGGGGCCAACUGGUCCGGAUGGCAUGCCAGGCCGUUCAGCAGGAGAAACCAGGCAGGGACAACCUGGACCACCUGGCUCUCCCGGUGAUCGAGGUGCACCUGGUGCGCCGGGAAGUCCUGGCCUACCUGGUCAGCCUGGCACAAGCGGAGUUUCUGUCAUUGGAAAGCAAGGACCGCCGGGGCCACGUGGACCCAUGGGACCACCCGGUUUGCCUGGUGUCCCGGGUGCUUCAGCACCAUCGCUUCUGGCAGGACCUCCCGGACCACAGGGCGCACCAGGUAAGACAGGACCUCCGGGACCAGACGGAUACCCUGGCGUGCCCGGAUUGACGGGGGAGACUGGAUCGGACGGGGAAUACUGCCCUUGUCCCUCCAGAAGUACAUUUUUGAAAGAUCGAGCCGUUCUCAGUAUGAAAACACAAAUCAUCACUACAGAGAAGAAUCCACUUCAUAGCGGAGAAGUUUUACGUAAGAGAAGCAGGAGGAACAUUUAG